CCCCGUCGGCGCCGCUGCCCGCGAUGCGCCCGGCCGCGCUGGUCCUGCUGCUGCCGCUGCUGCUGGGGCCGCCGGCCGCGCGCGGUGACUGCGGCCUCCCCCCGGAGGUGCCCAACGCGCUGCCCGACCUGCAGGGACUGAGCAGUUUCCCCGAGAGAGCCGAAAUGGUCUACAGGUGCAACCCGGGCUUUGUGAAGGUGCCCGGCCGGCCCGAUUCUGCACUCUGUGACCAAGGGCAGUGGUCGGAGCUGGACGCCUUCUGCAACCGCAGCUGUGAUGUUCCAACCAGACUACUCUUCGCCUCUCUCCAGAGACCUUACAGCGAGCAGAACUACUUUCCAGUGGGCUCCAGUGUGGAGUACAAAUGCCGCGCAGGUUUCCAGAGGGUCGAAUCUCUCUCCAGGAAAAUCACUUGCCUGCCGGACUUGAGGUGGUCCAAAGCAGAUGAAUUUUGUAAAAAAAAGUCAUGUCCCAACCCUGGAGAAAUCAGAAACGGUCAUGUCAUGGUAACAACUGACAUUCUGUAUGGUUCAUCCAUCACCUUCUCAUGCAAUCCAGGAUACGAAUUAGUUGGAGCAGACUCCAGCUACUGUUCCCUGAUGGGAGACACGGUUGGGUGGAGUGAUCCCUUGCCAGAAUGCAAAGAAAUUGUUUGUCCAGAACCACCAGAAAUUGACCAUGCGGUCAUUCAGGAACCACAGGAUACUUACGUCUAUGGCCAGUCUGUGAGCUACAAGUGCAAGCCAGGGUUCACCCUGGUUGGGGAGAAUGUCAUCCACUGCACCGCCGAGGCCGGCCACGGGGCCUGGAGCAGCCCAUACCCAGUCUGCAAAGAACAUUCCAAAAAUUUCAAGGUCAUACCAGCAAUUCAGAAAUCUAUCUCAGGGAAUGGUCCAGGUACAGAAACCCAGUUGCCUCCUCUGAGCCCCACUUCAAGCCCCACUAACUUCUCCGAAACCCACUGCAGUGGACUCUUCUGCUCCAAAGGCCCCACUAACUUCUCCGAAACCCACUGCAGUGGACUCUUCUGCUCCAAAGGCCCCACUAACUUCUCUGAAACCCACUUCAGUAGACUCUUCUGCUCCAAAGACUCCAUUAACUUCUCCGAAACCCACUGCAGUGGACUCUUCUGCUCCAAAGGCCCCACUAACUUCUCUGAAACCCACUUCAGUAGACUCUUCUGCUCCAAAGACUCCAUUAACUUCUCCGAAACCCACUUCAGUAGACUCUUCUGCUCCAAAGACUCCAUUAACUUCUCCGAAACCCACUUCAGUAGACUCUUCUGCUCCAAAGACUCCACUAACUUCUCCGAAACCCACUGCAGUGGACUCUUCUGCUCCAAAGGCCCCACUAACUUCUUCAAAACCCACUUCAAUAGACUCUUCUGCUCCAAAGGCCCCACUAACUUCUCCGAAACCCACUGCAGUGGACUCUUCUGCUCCAAAGGCCCCACUAACUUCUCCAAAACCCACUUCAAUAGACUCUUCUGCUCCAAAGGCCCCACUAACUUCUCCGAAACCCACUGCAGUGGACUCUUCUGCUCCAAAGGCCCCACUAACUUCUUCAAAACCCACUUCAAUAGACUCUUCUGCUCCAAAGACUCCACUAACUUCCCCGAAACCCACUGCAGUAAGUGA